GAGUCACGGGCCACUCGGCCGCGUUACACCAUCGAGAUCGAGUGCUUUCCCGAAGACGAGCUUGAGGAGUACUUGGCAGCGCUCUUGAGCGCAUACCGGGCGUUCUACCUCGAGCCCGACAGAGCAGAGCCACCGCGAGUCCAAGGAGACCCGGACAGGGCGCAGCGGAGCCGCCGCAUCCUCAAGACCAUCUUCGACCAGCAGCUGGGCUCGGCGGAGGAUGAAGAGUUUCUGCUGAGAGAGGAGGAGGAAGACAUCCUGGACGCCUUCAUGGAAUGGGCCCGCGAGAGGGAGGUAGCGUGUGGCGGUGCCCUUGAGGAAUCCUUCGAAACCCGGUCUGAGUGCCUCGAACGUCUCGAAAGCUGGACGAAUGCGCCAGUCGCAAAGAACAUCCACUUGUCCGUCAGGGCUCCCGAUGGGUCGCUUUUCACGGCGCACUUGCCUGCACGAGAUCCCAAUGGUAUCGUCGACUGGAAGCCGAACGAGAUCCAAGACAUGUUCAACGAGAUGACACAGUUUGAUAUUGCUUAG